GCCCAAUAACUGAACCCUAAUUAUAAAUAAUUCCAUCCGUCCAGUUUUUUGCUUCCACUCUUUGACUGACGGCUCCGAUCUCUCCCACUCUUCGUUGCGGCUUCUGUUCCGAACUUUCUCAAGAAUGAAGGUAGUCGCUGCAUAUUUGUUGGCCGUUCUAGGUGGCAACACCAGCCCCGGAGUCGAUGAUGUGAAGGCUAUUCUUAAUUCAGUUGGGGUUGAGAUAGAUGAAGAGAGGAUCACCUUGCUCCUAUCGGAAGUUAAAGGAAAGGAUGUCACAGAGUUGAUAGCCUCAGGACGGGAGAAGUUGGCAUCAGUGCCGUCUGGUGGUGGUGCAAUCGCCGUCUCCGCCUCUGCCGGCGGUGCCGCUGGUGGUGGUGCAGCACCAGCCCCAGCCGAGCAGAAGAAAGAAGAGAAGGUCGAGGAGAAAGAAGAAUCCGACGAUGAUAUGGGUUUCAGCCUCUUUGACUAAGCAACUUAUUUGGUGUCGUUAUCAGUUAGUGUUUUUAGUUGAUUUUCGUUCAAGUUUCCGGGCUUUGGUAGCUUGGUAGGGUUUUUUCUUUUUUACUUGUUUUGGAACUCAAAAAUUUUGAUAGAGGAAAGUUCAUUUGUUCAACUUCAAUAUUUCAGUAAUUACUGUCAUUUGACUACUUGUGAUUUA